AUGGGUACGGAGUGGUUUCAACCCAUGAACAGAAAAGGUUCCCUGGAGGCAGCGUUGGGAAUGCGAUUCCACCGAGUCCUAGCUCUCCUGGGACUUGCUGUCCUUGUCUGGAUUUCCCUUUCGUUGAUACGCACGAAAUCCGCUGCGCCCGUUAUACCGGCAUCCGGCAGUACGCCCAAGCACGAUGAGCCGCUGCGACCCGCAAGCCCUCCCUCCCCAGCUGAUAAAAAGACGCAUCCAAUUGCCCGGCUGAUCAACCAAUCCAAAUCGUCGUGGGAUGGUGUCAGGUCGCGACAAUCGAAGACACUCAAGGAGGCUGUUGAAGAGUAUCGGCGCCGAUACAAGCUAUCACCACCGCCAAACUUUGACGUUUGGUUCGAGUUUGCACAAUCAAAAGGGGUUGAGCUGAUCGAUGAAUACGACACAAUUUAUCACUCCCUACUUCCCUUUUGGAGUUUACAGCCAAAAACGAUACGGGAUAGAGUCAAAGAAUCUCUUGGGUUCGACAAUGCUCUCAUCGGAGUUUUGAUCAGGGACGGAAAGAUCAGUCUGGUUGAUGGCGGAGGAAACUCCCAGCAAUGGAAGCGAGAUGCAUUGACUGGAAUGAUGCAACGAUUCAUACGAUACCUUCCAAACAUGGAUUUGGCCUUCAACACCCACGACGAGCCCCGGGUGGUUUUACCGAGCGACGAUCUCCAACGACUGGUAUCCAAUGCGCUGGAUACGGUCAUUCCAAAGGUCGCCAAGCACCCGGUGGACAACUCCUGGACGAGCCCUACCGAUCUCAACAAGGGCGAUAGAAUCAACGAGACAAAAACUACAAGGUUCAAUUGGUUCGCCCACCAGGCGACUUGGACGACAUCGCGCAGCUCAUGUCCUAUCGACACACCAGUUAGGGAUCUAAAUGAGAACGCGCGAGAUAAAAUUGAGGCAUACCUGUCUGGUGAUUUGGGUUUCAUCUACAACACCACUGCUUUCUCAGACAUCUGUCUCUCCCCGUCUCUAAGAUAUGCUUUUGGAAUGUUCGAGCGGCCGAACGCCAUGAGCGUUGUCCGUGAUCUGUUUCCCAUUUUUUCUGAAAGCAAAGUAUCAAGCUUUCAAGAUAUCCUCUAUCCAAGUCCAUGGUACUGGUCUGGAAAGGUAACUUACGACCCGAAACUUGAUGUCAGUUGGGAUAACAAAAAAGGCCAAGUUUACUGGCGUGGUUCCACCACGGGAGGAUUUUCUCGAGCCGGAGGCUGGCGGAGGCAACAUCGGCAGUUAUUCGUAAAGAAUAUCAACGCCGUAGAUGAUGUGAAAGUUCUUGAGAACAAAGAAGGAAACUGGACUAUGCACACGGUCAAACAAAACACCUUCACACAUCUGCUCAACGUGAGCUUCAGUCAUGUGGGCCAGUGUGACCCGGAGGAUUGCAACGCACAGUCGCACUAUUUUAACAUCGUAAAGCCAGACAGCCAGCAUGAAGCCUGGCGUUUCAAGUAUCUUGCUGAUGUUGAUGGGAAUGCCUUCAGCGGGCGGUUCUAUGCUUUACUAAAAAGCAAUAGCUUGGUCUAUAAACUUGCAGUUUUCCGCGAAUGGCACACAGAGUGGAUCCAACCCUGGGUUCAUUAUGUUCCAUUGAGUCUCAGGGGUAACGAGCACAUUGAGGCCAUACGAUAUUUUGCUUCCGAAGAAGAGGGACAACGUCACGCCAAGUUUAUUGCUCAAGGAAGUAGCAGUUGGGCCAAGAAAGCAUUGAAAAACGAUGCUCUUGAGGUUUGGUUUUUCCGCCUGUUGUUAGAGUACGGACGAAUUGUCGAUGAUAAUCGGGAAAAGAUAGGAUUUUCAUUCGGCUCAUCCUAA